GCAUAGCAUAGUGCGUUGUGCGCGCUAAUAUUGGAGCGAAAUUCAACAUUAGGUUAGUGGAGUGCAAUAUGUAUAUGUGUACGUGUAGCGCGGCAACAGCUUGACCUUUGGAAGUCUGUCGAUUUCACAGUUGCCUUAAAAUCUGCAAAUGGCCAACUUGGUUGACAUCAUUGAAUUUGUUAGACCACAUACCAAGGAUAAAAAUUUGUACGUGACAGGAGUCUCCAACAGAUUACCUGAAGAGAAAGUAACAGCAAAGCUCCAUCAAGUGUUCUCCCAAUUUGGUCUGCUGUAUGAAGUCCAGGUUCUUGGGAGUGGCAGUCAACCUUUGACCUCUGAUGAUCGCUACCUGUCUGAGCAUGGUCAUGUGACUGUAUGCAGUAAUUUUAGACAAGGAUUGUAUGCCUUUGUCAAAUACUACUCUGCUCUAGCUGCCAGCAGAGCAGUGGAUGCAAUUAAUGGAAAGUAUAUGUUGGAUGGUCGUCUCCUUAAGGUGAGGUUUGCCAACAGACAGAAACCAAUUGAGAACAAUGCCCAACUUGGAUUCCAGCAGUGUUGUGAGCUUGCCAAUCAUCACUUUGGUUUCAAUGGCUGGACAAGCCAAAUAGUAGCUUUGAAGGAGGACAAAAAUUGUGAAGCUAAUGUCGCCCGCUUUAUUGCUGUGGUGAGAUUGGACAUCAGGCAACAUGACAUGCAUAGUGAAGGAGUAGGGGUCGGAGAGGUGGCUUUCACCACGCAAGACCCUAUGAGUAGAAUCACUGCAUACCUCAGAGCCAAGAAAAUUGCCUUCCAGAGGGCAAGCGAGGGCGCCUUCAGAAAACUGAUCAUUGUUGUCUUACCUAAUGGUAAAACUGCUGUGGAAGUCAACUGUACUGCUAUUGAAGCUCAACAUUAUGUUACACAGGAGGAACUAAAGGGCACGGUAAAAGUGACACAAGUUGAAGACCCUGCUGAGGUUAAUAAUCCAGAGGUGAACUCAGAAGUUACUGAUGAAUCCCAAGAUACAUUGGAUCUUGACUACGUCAAUGUGCAGCUGUUAGUUGAUUUACAGAUGGAUAUGUAGCAUGAUAAUUAUUGGAACAGAGAAAAGCAGAUUAGUUGAAAGGUAUGGCUCACCAUUCACCAACCUUCAGAAACUUUAAUUUAAUUUUUCAUGUAGAUACAGUGUAUUAUAGGUCUGUGUACUAUACAUUAAGUACUACAUGUAUACAUCUGCUUUCCCCAUUAGCAUUUUCUUAGCAUUGUGUCGUAUAGUCCUUGCCUUCAGUGGGCCCUUUCAUUGGAAAUCGGGGCCUCCACUUCCAAUAAAAAGAAACGAAACAGUUUUCGGCUUGGAGUAUGUUUUACAAUAAAGACACAGUAGAUUCAUAUGUCACAAAAAGUAUAGGGUUGAGUCUGUUUAUUGGCGAGCUGUGAAGCAAAUGCAAGUCUUUUGUCCAUCUGUCUGUUGAGCCGGCUGUCCACUCAAUGUUAAAAGUUUUUACUAGUGGGUAUAGCAUGUAUCAUUUGUGCUUAUUUAUUUCAAUCUUGGGUUUAUUAGUAUCAUAUUUUGGUGGGCUCAUUGUUAUUUACAUACAUGUACAUAUUUGAUGAAUAAAUUAAACCCAAAAUGUUGAAGUUA